UGUGAAAGUAUUGAGCGGAAGUGAGUGUGUAUGUGUGUUGUUGACUUGACUCUGUUUAAGUGAAGAAACUUGCAGCAGACUGAGAGUGUGUGAUAUGAGAACGAUGUUGUCCUCUGCUGCUGCAGCUGCGUUCAGAACUCCAUUGGAAAUCUGCUCAUUUUAACCACAGCAGCUAACCGACCUGUUCCCUGACGACAGGUUCAGCCUGCUGGCCAGAGUGCCCGCUGACCGGACUGCUACAAGCCGAUGGGCCGUGACUGUGUAAUGUAAGGCGAUGCUCGCUCGGCCAUCAUGGCCAGUGUCACGCUGAGGUACUUCUGUUAUGGCUGCCUCGUCACCUCAGCAACCUGGUCCGUCCUCCUCUUCCUCUACUUCUCUCUGGGGACGGAGCCCGGCCAUGGCAGGACCCCUCUGCAGCACCGCAGCCAGCCAAUCACCAAAGGCUUGGUCGACCAGAGGGUGGGACGUCGGCCUCUGCCGGCCAAUAAGGGAGUGGAGUUGUCACCAGAGAUGGGGAUGAUCUUUAACGAAGCGGACCAGGAGGUGAGGGACACCGGUUACCAUCGACACGCCUUCAACGUCCUCAUCUCCACCAGACUGGGAUACCACCGAGAGCUGCCCGACACCAGGGACGCCCAGUGUCGGGACAAGGUGUAUCCUCUGGGUUUACCUUCAGCCAGCGUUGUGAUCUGUUUCUUCAACGAGGCGUUCUCCGCUCUGCUCAGGACUGUCCACAGUGUUCUGGACCGGACACCGGCCUACUUGCUGCAUGAGAUCAUUCUGGUGGAUGACCACAGCGAGCUCGAGGAGCUGAAGGAAGACUUGGAUCGGUACGUCAGGGUGGAGCUGCAAGGGAAAGUCAGACUGGUGAGGAACGAAAGGAGGGAAGGACUCAUCAGAGGACGCAUGAUAGGAGCCUCACAUGCUACUGGUGAGGUGCUGGUUUUCUUGGACAGUCACUGUGAGGUGAACCAGGCGUGGCUGCAGCCUCUUCUGGCUCCGAUCCAGAGGGACCGCCACACCGUCGUCUGCCCCGUCAUCGACAUCAUCUCAGCUGACACCCUGUCUUACUCGCCCUCGCCCAUCGUCAGGGGCGGCUUCAACUGGGGGCUGCACUUCAAGUGGGACCCCGUCCCCCCCUCUGAGCUCAACGGCCCUGAGGGACCUACCGGACCGAUCAGGUCUCCCACCAUGGCAGGCGGCCUUUUCGCUAUGAACAGGAAGUACUUUAACGAGCUCGGCAAAUAUGACGCCGGCAUGGACAUUUGGGGCGGAGAAAACCUGGAGAUCUCCUUCAGGAUCUGGAUGUGUGGUGGUCAGCUGCUCAUCAUCCCCUGCUCCAGAGUCGGUCACAUCUUCAGGAAGAGGAGACCUUACGGCUCUCCAGGAGGGCAGGACACCAUGGCCCACAACUCCCUGCGGCUAGCACACGUAUGGAUGGAUGAGUACAAGGAGCAGUAUCUGUCACUGCGUCCAGAGCUACGCGAGCGCAGAUAUGGUGACAUCAGUGAGCGCGUGGCAUUGAGGAAGCAGCUUCAGUGUCGGUCCUUCCGUUGGUACCUGGACACGGUGUACCCCGAGAUGCAGACCGCCACCAACGGCAACAAGCAGCAGCCCUUGUUCAUCAAUAAGGGUCUGAGACGACCCAAAGUCCUGCAGAGAGGACGGAUUCGUAACCUAGCAACCGGUCGUUGUCUGGUGGCUCAGGGCCGAGCCAGUCAGAAGGGAGGAGUCGUUGUCCUGCGACCAUGUGACCCCCGAGACCCUGAACAGGACUGGGCCUAUGAUGAGGAGGGUCAGCUGGUCCUGGCAGGUCUGCUGUGUCUGGACGUGUCGGAGGUCAGGACCUUUGACCCCCCCAGACUGAUGAAGUGUCACGGCUCGGGGGGGUCGCAGCAGUGGAGCCUGGGGAAGUCUAACCGUCUCUAUCAGGUCUCGGUGGGUCAGUGUCUCUCCGUCGCUCAGCCAAUUGGGCCCAAGGGUUACGUCUCCAUGGCGAUAUGUGACGCGUCACAAGCGCAGCAGUGGCAGCUGGAGGGCUGAUGACAUCACGCCUCCAUGAGACAGGUGGACAUUUUAAAGACAAUCAGGUUUUAUUGAAGAGACGUUUUGUGUUUUAGUGUCUCAGGACGACUUUUAUCAGCCAGCAGCUUUUUAAAGAUUCUGUUUCCUCCACUGACGACCGAGCAGACGGUCCUGGAAAGUUUUUGAAAAAAGGACUCUGGCAACCAACAGGUGUUUUUACAUUUUAGCAUCUGUUUAUCCAAACGUGAUUUUUCUCUCCUGGAACCUGAGUGUGCUUUUUAUAAACCAGUCCUGGAUUCAUCAGUGCACUCACCUGAUGCUGUCACACACCUGUGGAUGCUCAGAGGGUUGCUGGUCAUUCAUGUUUGUGUCGGCUCAACUUCAAUAAAUCUUCAACACAUCAAGAGAAAGACAAACGAUUAUAUCAUUUCAUUAUUAUUAUUAUUAUUAUUAUUAUUAUUUUGAAUGUGUAUUUUUGAUUUUAGACUGAUUGAGUUGUCCAGCUGACACUCUGCAGGGAAACACAUUAAUAAAGAUACAGAAAUAUUAUAAGUUAAGGAAAACCUGCUCCGACAGAACGACCUGUGGUUGUGACGAGCGCAGCAGCGAGGAAGAUAACAAACACUUAACUGACCCGGGGUCUUUGAACACAUCACAGUUUGUGUUACCUGAACUUCAACAUGAUGAAGGGAUGAAUGUAGAGCUUCUCCAACAGACGGAUCGUCUCCAGCUGCACGUUGAGGAACAAACAGCGCAGCAACAGACUUUAUCUUUAUUGUUAUUUAAAAUAAAAAAUUGUUGUGAUCAUAACAGAUGAAGCAUCAGAAGAUGAUGGUCCCAAAGAUUUCAGUUAGAAAUCAAAUCAAACAUUAAAGAUACAAUGUGUCAGAUUUCUGCAUUAAACCAACUGGACCUUUG